GAAAUCUAUCUCAACCACAAGGGAAUCUGUGAACCGCUCACUGCAUAUUCAGUGACAUCUCCUAUCCGACGGUGGUACAAUAUUUCAUUGUCCUCGUCCUGUCUUACGGAAGUACCCUCUGGCCAUCCUGUCUGUGAGCAACCCUAGCGGAGUUUGCUACUAGCCAGGGUCACCAUUGGACAACAUCACGGGUGGAAAUUUCAAUAUCUGUGCUCGACGCAAGGGGAAAUCACAAGAAAAAGGGUUAACGACCGAACGAGAUUUACUGCUCUUAAACGGUGACACUUAGACCAUAAGACACGGUACCGAUUAGAGCACCGUCCCCGAAUCAGGAACCAUGGAGGCCGAAAUUCAGGCCCAGAUCCCCAACAUUGACCCCAUCCUCUCGGAAUAUUCGGUCGGCUACCUCCACCACGCCUCCACUGCGUUCAUUUCCGAAUCCGACCUCUCCGGCGAGUCUCCCUUGGAUUCCGCCGCGGCGGACGUCACCGCCCUGCUGCUCUCCGCCUCCGGAGACCUGACCCAUCAAAAUGAGACGGCCAUCGCUCAGCUCGUGCAGAAACUCGCCGCCAGCCUCGCCGCCGAGAACGAUGCCGACGGCGAAGGUGGACGACGUAUCGCUCCUUCGGCGCGGAAGCUCGAGCAGGCCAUCCAUGUGGGCUCCCAGCGCAAUAUCUCAUCGACGCUGGGGCUCGCUGGGGGGAACGUGGAUCUGGAGUCGGCGGGGAGCCGGAAGGUCGAGUCACGGGUGGAUCGCAAGAAACUCGAGAAGGCCGAACGGAAGAUCCGCGCCAAGCAAGAUCGGAAGGUCAUGAAGAAUGUCGAGUACGAGGCGUCGCGGCUACUGAACCAGCCAAGCGAAACCCAGACGUACGAGGAGUUCUUCAUGGCGGUGAACCCGCUACAGCUAGGCUCGGAGAACAGCACUAAGAGCAAGGAUAUCAAGAUCGAUGGCAUCGACAUCACUAUCGGAGGCCUGCGGAUCUUGACCGAUGCCAAUCUCGGCCUGGCAUACGGAAGACGAUACGGUCUGGUUGGUCAGAACGGUAUCGGUAAGAGUACGUUGCUUCGCGCCCUCAGCCGGCGAGAAGUUUCGAUCCCAACCCAUAUCUCCAUCUUGCAUGUUGAACAAGAAAUCACCGGUGACGAUACGCCUGCUCUGCAGGCUGUCCUUGACGCUGAUGUUUGGCGGAAGCAUCUGCUGCGGGAACAGGACAAGAUCUCCACAGAGCUGUCGCAGCUUGAAGCGGAGCGGUCGACUAUGGCUGAUACCUCGGCGGACGCUGAAAAGCUGGAUGCGCGCCGAGAAGGGCUCGAUAUCACCUUGGCAGAUAUUCACUCCAAGUUAGCUGAGAUGGAGUCAGACAAGGCGGAGCCGAGAGCGGCCAGUAUCCUUGCUGGUCUCGGUUUCUCCCAAGAGCGACAGCAAUUCGCAACGAAGACCUUUUCAGGAGGUUGGAGAAUGCGUUUGGCCCUUGCACGAGCGUUGUUCUGCGAGCCCGACCUUUUGCUCCUUGACGAACCGUCCAACAUGUUGGAUGUCCCAUCGAUCACGUUCCUGUCAAACUACCUGCAAGACUACCCAUCCACAGUGCUUGUGGUCUCUCACGACCGCGCAUUCCUCAAUGAAGUUGCGACAGAUAUUAUCCAUCAGCACUCAGAGCGGCUGGAUUACUACAAAGGGGCUAAUUUCGAUUCGUUCUACGCCACCAAGGAAGAACGUCGGAAGACGGCAAAGAGGGAGUAUGAGAGCCAAAUGGCUGUACGAGCCCAUCUUCAAGCCUUUAUCGACAAGUUCCGCUACAACGCCGCAAAAUCGUCCGAAGCCCAAUCGCGCAUCAAAAAGCUGGAGCGCAUGCCCGUCCUUCAAGCGCCCGAGAAUGAGUACACCGUCCAUUUCCGCUUCCCCGAAGUGGAGAAGCUGUCCCCACCCAUCAUCCAGAUGAGCAACGUCAGCUUCGGUUACACACCCGACAACAUUCUCCUCAGCAACGUCGACCUCGACGUUCAACUCGACUCCCGCAUCGGCAUCGUCGGUCCCAACGGCGCCGGUAAGACCACCGCCCUCAAACUCCUGAUCGGCGCCCUCGCCCCGUCCAAAGGCAUCAUUUCCCAGAACCCUCGCCUCCGCAUCGGCUUCUUCGCCCAACAUCAUGUCGACGCCCUCGACCUCACCACCUCGCCGGUCGGCUUCAUGUCCGCCAAGUACCCCGGCAAGACCGACGAAGAGUACCGCCGCCACCUCGGUGCCUUCGGCCUCACCGGCAUGACUGGCCUCCAGAAGAUGGAGUUCCUCUCUGGGGGUCAGAAGUCCCGUGUCGCGUUCGCCUGCCUCUCGCUGCAAAAUCCGCACAUCCUCGUGCUCGACGAGCCGAGUAAUCAUUUGGAUAUCGAGGCGAUGGAUGCGCUGUCGACCGCGCUGCGGAAUUUCCAGGGUGGCGUGCUCAUGGUUAGCCACGACGUGACGAUGUUGCGGAAUGUGUGCACGGCGCUGUGGGUGUGUGAUAAGGGGACGAUUGAACAUUUCGAUGGGACGGUGGAGGAUUAUAAGAAAAGGAUUACUGCGGACGCAGACGCGGCGGGUGUGGUGCGAAAGCAUUAACCGUCUUGGAUAGAUUUCAGCUGUGGGCACUGCACCGCUGGCGUACGCUCCAUCCCAUAUAAGGGAGAAAGAUACCUAUAGACCUACCUAACUAAAUGGAAUAUGGUACACACCAAUCCUCUAUCUUGAGAAUAGAGUAGGCUUAAACAACGC